AUGACAAAAAAAAGUGAGGAACAACAACAGCAUAUUUUAAUUGACGACGAAAUUGAAAAAUCACCAGAAUCAUUGGAUUUAUCAGCUUCAGAAAUACAAUUAAAAAAAAUAUACCAUUAUUUUGUCAUAGAGGCGCUUAAAAAACGAAUAGAAUUAUCAAAGUUACUUUCUCAAGAAAAGAAAGCUAAGGAAUAUGAGCUGACAAUGACAAGAUAUGGAAAGAACUUUAAAUGUAACAUAUGUCAGAAGGUGACGAAAAGUUUUAGUGAGCAUAUGAUGCAUCAUGCCGGUGUAAAAAAUAUAUUUGUCCUUUGUGCAACAAAUCAUUCAGCCAUUUAUGGACUAUAA